GAUGUCCAUGUCCUCAGGCUACCUGCUGAAUCAGGUACAUUUACCUGCGUGUUCAGACUGAAGAGCAAACCGCCGUCGAGUUACUUUUCCGUAGCCUUUUGCUCUUUUUAAUAAAAAAUUAACCCGACUGGUCGAGAGCUACCGAAGGAUUUAUGAAAUAAUUGUGAAAUCCAGGUCAAACAACCUUUGUGAGCGUCCCGGACUUCCGGAAGAACCGUAAAAAACGUCAAACUGCGACAUUUCCUCCAUAUGUUACCCUGAGGUUUCGGCCCAGUGACAGUCCCCAUUGAGUGGUUGUCCCAAUGGAGAGCUCCCCGUCCUUCCUCACUGGUCCCAUUGAGGAAGGGCCUUACCAAGAACGUUGUGUUGACCCAGAGGAGAUUGAGGUCCAGCACCUUGGAGGAUGCCACAGAGUCAAUCACAAAGAUGCCAAUGGCAACACCACGGGGCCGGAGACUGUAAAAUUUCUUCCCGCCAAAGAAGAGCCCGUGUCGGGGACAUGUAUGUGUGGACCUUGCACUUCUGUGGCAGGUUGCAGGAAGCUCUUUUGUAGCGUGUUGACUUGUGGAUUGUACCGCGUAUGCCAGCGUUUGCCCUGUCUGAUUUCCAGUGACAGCUCACCUGUCAACGUACAAGUGGAGAAGCCUUUGAGCUCUCCAAACAAUGAGAAUGGAUUCUAUUCUGACAUCCGUAUUGGUGGUGUCAAGGUGGAUACAUCAGUCAUUGAAGACGACGAAGAGCAUCUCUCAUUUUCCACCUCUAAAAUGGAGAUAGACAGUCCGACCUACUUCAGUAGCUUAACAGAAGACCACCUUGUCGAUGGCGACCUGACUGAAGACGUGGACAAACUCAUCACACGGAAGCUUAUGGAGGUCUUCUCGGAGUUUGAGAUCAACGAGUUGGCCAAGUGCACCUCAGACUCCAUGUUCCUGCGGCGUUCGCGGGAGAUCAGUCAGCUAAUCUCGGACAUCGUGCAGGAGCACAAUUUGGAGGAGCAGGAGGCCGAGUGCAGGCUGGUGCGCGAGAUUAUUCGCAUCAGCACGCGCAAGAGUAAGAAGAAGCUGCAGAUCAGGCCACAGGAGCUGCAGCGAGACAGCGGUAAUGACACGUGGAACAGCAAGAAGAACAGCCAGAAGAGCAGCUUCAAUUCCGUUAGCGAUGGGAAGCUGCAGAUUUCAAUGGAGAGGUCAGAUGACAUAGAAGCCAGAAAGUUACGCAACAACAGUAACCAGUCAUACUCUCCAAGUUUCCAGGAAACAGGUGUGCUGGUCACAUCUGACACUCCCUUACUACCCAACAACAUACGCGCGUGAGUGUCCCCUCAAACCAGACACAGUUUACAUUUCCAAACCGUCCUUAAACCAUCUCUAUGAAGAAUAUAUGUACUUGUCUUGGGGUCAAUGGAUCAUUUUGAAGUAACCCUUAGAAGUUGAGACUCCAUGCUCCAUUAUUUGGCUUUUUGAAAUACAACUGAAGACGGGAUUGUAGUUAUGCUUCUUUUUUUACCCCUGUUGUUGUGGACCCCUGUGCUAUUUGCAUCUCAAGACUGCCCAGCAGAAGGUAUUAAGCAACCGACUUUGCUUGAGUUGUUGAGAAUGAAGAAUGAAAAAGUCUUUAUAGAUAGCAGAUAUAUAGAACCAUGAUAGUCAUAAAAGACCAGAUUAUUUUCCUUUAACUCUCUUGUCUCAGUUCUCCUUUGCCUGUAAAUGCUAAAAUGAUGAAUGUAUUAGGCAAAUGUUGGAGCUCCAGUCAAAGUCUGACUGUGUAGAAGGAAGUUAUGUUGGACCAAAAGAAAUGCUUUGAGCCAGAAUGAAUGUUGAUGCAUGCUAAAUGCAUAAAAAAUGUUAGUUGUUUAGAUAAGUGCCUGUCUCUAUGCUUAUUUAAAUGUACAUAAAAAGCUACAUAAGCACUUCACUUGCCAUAUGCAAAGUCUAGAGGAGUAAUUGAUUAUUUGUGUAAUUUAUGAAUUCAAUGAACACUUCAAUGUAAAUUUCACUUUUUGCCAGAUUUUUUAGUACAAGCUUAAUGUAAAAGUCUGAGGGUUGCUUAAAAAAAAAUGUCUGUAAAAAGUCUGUUUGUCUGUUUAGAAAUAGAUUUCUUGUGACAUAGGAUGUUUUGCUCAGACAUGUAGUAAAUACUGUAAGCUAUCUAUGUGUGAGAUAGAAAUUAAAAUGUAUGCAUUUGCAUCUUCAGUGAAGCAGAACUGUUUACAUCAUUUGAGUCAAGUAAUGCACUCAGUUCAACACAAAAUCCUUAAGCUUUUAGAUUGUAACAAAUAAGUUAUGGUAUUAACACUAUAUUUUCAUGAAAAAAUGUUAAGCUAAAAAAGAGGAAAGAAAUGUAUCCUUCAUGCAAGGCUGUGGUGAGGCCAUUUUAAUUCAUAGAACAGAACAAGGUCACAUUCAGUUUGAAUUAAAUAGCCCUGUGGGCCGCUCCACAUAUUGAAACCUUAAAAAUCCCCAGAUAAUACCAGCAAAUUGUAAUGCUUAAACUAUUUCAAGCAGAGAGAGAUAUUUGAUUGGCGAGAAAGGGAACAGAAGCUUGUUGUUCACCAAAGGCAUCACACUGAAUACUUAAAACUGAUCCUUUGUAUCUCAGUUGACAUCAUGUUUAGGUACUGUAACAACUUAAUGACUCAUUCUAGUCAAGAAGUUUCUGCCUGGAGGGGAAAAAGUGAAUAAAAGUGUCUUGUUUGAACACAAAGGAAAUCCGUCUAUGGAUUAGUAUUCUUGAUCCUUCAGGCAUUUAUUUUUGGAGAAAAAACACCUGUUGUUCUCCUUUAUAUUUUUUCUGUA